AUGGUUUUGCCUAUGCCCAAACUGUCAGAUGGGGAAGAGUGGCUUCUUAUUGAUCGAACAGCUUGCAUUCGUGCAAUAUACAUCCCAGUUGCACAGCAAUCAUCUGAGGAAUACCCUGAGCUUUGCACAUUCCAGAAUGUCAACUUUGCCAUGAGCCGAGAGGUUAAGAUAAUGAAGCACAGCGGCAAAUGGUACCCAGAUUUUGGUUACGACGUCCUGGAUGGCUGGGACACGAUCAAAAUGGAUGCCACUCUUGGCCUACCAGCUGAUGCAGAAUGGACCAUGGCAGUGAAUAUUCCCCAGCUGGUUAAUCUCCUAUCAGUACCUCGUUUCCUCAGAAAGCACACAGUAUUCUCCGCUCAGAUCAUUCGCAUAGUGGAUCGGGAUAUGGUGAGCAGAAAAGGUAAUGUUCAAACAUUUUCAGAUUCCGCGGACAUCAGUUGGACCACGAUCGUCAAUGCCAACUUUGGACUUACGGUUCAAUGGACCCCACCUAAUCCAAGUGCAUGGCUUAUGGACUUUAUCAAGAACAAUGUGACUAUCGCAAUUGGUUUUAUCCCUGUUAUUGGGCCUGUUGCCGCCGUUGCAUUUCCUUUAGCAUUCACGGCGAUUACGGACCCAGCAAGCUUUAACGCCACCUUGAAAAGCAUACUUCCGCAAACUGAGUUAGUUGAUCAUGUCAGUUUCCGGGUUGCCAAAUCUGUCAAAGAGCAGAAAAGCUAUUUAUCGGAUAACUGGAGAAAGUCGAUCGAGGACGGAGGUGGUCUCUUUGCGCCAGCAACGGGCGCUAGCACCAGACAGCCUGAUCCUGCAUCUUCAAAGAAUAUUUCAGACCCACCAACGGUUGCUCCCAAGAUUGCAGAAUCAAAAGCCCCAGUGCAACAAGCAAAGCCUAAAGUGAAACCGCAGAAGGAAGCAACUAUUAGUCUUCCAAAGCCUUCGACAGGGAAAAACAUAACAUUAGAGGGGUUGAAACAGAAGUUCGGCUCAUCGAAUACCGCCCAAACUAGGACAGUCACAGCUGAAGCUAAAGAGGCUAUCCCAACAGCUCAAAAAGUACCCAUACUUACCUAUUCGCAAGAGCCACAGGCAGGAGUGAAUCCAAUGGAAGGAGACACAUCUCUCUCGUGGCUUGAGGAAAUGUAUCUCCAAUCAGCGGAAAUAGAGCCCCUCAGCGAAUUGGUCACCAGUGCACAGUUUCAACUGGCUGAUCGGACUCUCCGUCGCUCAGGUGAAGGUGAGGCAUUCGGAUUCAACACGACGGGAUCCACAGAUGAUGGCCCUGCAGAAACUCUAGCCGAGUACUUUCCCAAGAACCCACCUCUUCGAGAUGAAAAUGUUCCGGAGAAUGAUUAUAGUUGGAUGGAGGACUAUCUUGAAGAACUUUGGUCUGGAUUCGGCGAGGAAGUAGAUGAUGUCGAGCAGGAGACUGAGACCGAAGAAGCUCAGGAUGAACAGGCAGUUCCUCUUUAG